AUGAGGAAGCCGGAAUCACCGGGUAGCACCCCUGGCACGGCUGUCCUGGGGGUGGCCACUGUGGGUGUACCUGACCAGGGAUGCUGGUCUGCUCCUGCUUGGCUAUCUGCACCGUUCAGUGUAGAAUUAGAGCCAGAGGAGAGACUGACUUUAAAGGACACUUCUGGGCAUAUUAAUCACGUUAAGGCUGUACACGGGUCUUCUCUUCCUGGCUGGGGUCUGGCUGGACACGGGGUGUUUUCCAGGGGUGCUGGGCGCGGAACCGGGCCCCGGGAGCUGGGGCCGGAGCGGGACCCAGUCCCCGGGCGCUGGGGGCGGAGCCGGGCCCCGGGCGCUGGGGGCGGAGCCGGGCCCCGGGCGCUGGGGGCGGAGCCGGGCCCCGGGCGCUGGGGGCGGAGCCGGGCUCCGGGCCGCUGGGGGCCCUUCGGGUUCGGGCCAACAAAGAGCAGCCCGGAUACCCACGCCCACGGCUGGGCCUGCUGGUCUCUCCGUCCUUCUGUCGGGCACAGUGUUCACCUCCCCCUGCUGCCCCGGCUGGCCUAUCUCCUGUCGGGUGGUAAGCUCUUCGUCCCAGCCGCCAUCUCCCGCAGCAACCACCCCUUCUCCAGCCUCGGGGAUGACCCAGGACCCUCCCUGGGCUCCCCGCCUGCCCCCCUUGGUCGGUGUCCUCAGUCCCCCUGUGCUGACAGGAGUUGCCGGGCUGCCACCUGCUAAAGAAGAGGAUGUGUCACCCAUACCUGCCGCUGGAAUUUCUCCCCGGGCAGAGGUGAGGAAAGAAAAAAGCAGUGGGGGCCGGGACAGGAGGGUUACCUCAGGCAGGGAAAUGGAAAGCUUCCAGAAGAGCGCCCGCGGCCAGGACCAUCCCGGCUGGCUUGGAGGCACCAACUCGGCCUGUGUGCUGUGGCUGGUGUGACUCCAAGCCCUUUCCUCUAGGCUUUCAAGUCCUUGCACACAUUCAGGUGUU